AUGUUCAGUCGCGUGUUAGUCGCCUUGAUGCUCGCGGUUUUCGCAGCCGCAGUGCUCGCGAAGGAGGCCACUGAAUCGACACCGACGCCGACGGUCAGCCGAGUCAAGAGGAGCGCUCUCUACGGAGGCUAUGGUCUCGGUUACGGAGGAUACGGAGGGUACGGUCUCGGAUACGGCGGCUACGGAAGCUACGCAUACCCGGCCUAUCGCUCCUACACCUACGGAUAUCCUGCCUACUACAGCGGCUAUGGGGGAUACAGCGGCUACGGAGGCUACGGCGGAUACGGUGGCUACGGCGGUUACGGAGGAUAUGGGAGCUACGGCGGAUAUGGAGGAUACGGCGGAUAUGGAGGAUACGGUCUAGGUUACGGAUAUUGA